UCAUUGGGUAGCAGUGAGGGACACGAUCGACGUCUGAAGGGUGACUACUGUACGUGUUGCAUUAUGGCUGGUGUAAACGAUUCCACUUUAAUGUUCUUUAUGAGAGCCACACCGGCGCAGUGGGAUUAUGCACUGUCUCUUUACAAAGAUGUUUUGCAACUUAAAGCUGCUUUGAGAACGAAGAAAAAGGGGCCAGAGGAAUUUAUCAACUUGGAUACUUGGUAUCAAGAACAGCUUCCUAAGGUCAUACGUACGAGGAAGGACCCUCACAUCACCCAUGAAGAAUUGAUACAAAUAACCAAAUGGAAACAGAUUAGAGGAAAGUUCCGCCCACGCCUGAUGGAUCUCGUUAGAAUCAACACUGAGACAGCAGUCAAGAAAACGAGUAAAAAGGCUUUUCGAAAACUCCCUAACAUCUCUAAUGCUGUUACAGCUCUUACAACACUGAAAGGGGUUGGGCCAGCCACAGCUUCAGCUAUUUUGGCAGCAGGUUACCCCGAGCAGGUUGCAUUCAUGGCUGAUGAAAGUAUGUUGUCGACACCAGGUGUUGAAGCAAUUGACUAUACAGUAGCGGAAUACUUGAAUUAUAACGAACAGAUUAAGAAGUGCUGUGAUCGACUGAAUAAGCAAAAUUCGGCAGAGAAAUGGACUCCUCAUAAAGUGGAGCUUACCCUGUGGACCCACUACUUGGCAAAAGAGCUUGAACCUUCCCUGCUGGAAGGAAUGCCCAUAGCAGAAGUAGAUGAGAACCCUGCCACUCCAAAUGGUAAAUCAAAUAGUCACCAGCAUGAUGAAAAACUAGAUGACCAAACAUCGACAGAUGCUGUUGUGGACAAGGAACCAGAUAACAACUCUGAAGAGCCAGAAGAUGACAGCCAGGAUUCAAAAAUCUCUUCAUUUGAUACUCGUCCAGAAAAGUCUGAGGAUUCAAACCUCGACAGUUCCGUUUUAAGUGAUGAAGUUGAAGAAAAAUCCAAAGUUAGUGAAACUGAGGCACCCAAAGAACCAGCCAAUAAAAAAUUGCGAGUACAAUAAUAGUAGAAUUAAUCCUACAACUGCCUGAAAUCAGUUUUAAUAAGUUACUUCAUUUUUUCAGAUUUUAUCACUAUGGUGGAAGAUUCUUGUAAAAAAACAAAGAGCAAAAAAAUAUUACCCAGAGACUGGCUCUAUUUUUCUAUCCUUCCUUUUUAGUCAGAACCCUCCCAUGACCAAUGUUUCUGGUGGGAAAGAGUAGAAUAACACAAAUAGAAAUAUAAACAUGAAUAGAAACUGUUUUUAUCAUAAGCAUAUGUAAAAGUUUCUGAAAAAGCUCCUAACGGUAAAUUUUCUUUAGAAUUGUUAUUAUUAUUAUUCUUAAAAAAAACUAUUAUUUAUCAUUUAAUGCAUACACAUUUAUGGUCCAUGCUGGAGAUGGUAAUCAUUGGAAAUACUUUUUUUUUAUAUUUUUCAAUGUUUUUUUUUUAAGUUGAAACUAUUAUAUGUUAGUUAGAUAAAAAAGUUGUUUGUUUAUUUUUGUUGUUUUUUUGUGUGUGUGUGUGAUAAUCAACCAAUCAUCAAUAGACCUAAGUGUUCCUUAUGCAUGUGUAAUUGUCAUGAGACUUUUUGGUAAUUUACGGAAACUGUUUAAGAGUCAAAAUAAGAAAAAUCAAUCAUCACUCCAGCUGAAGCAUUCCCUUGUUAUCUCCUAAGGAAUAGACUGGCACAUUCCUGAUUGUAUUAAUAAUAAUUUCUGUUUUUUAAUUAUUAUUAUUUUUCAUUUAUCACCCCAUCCUUUUUAUUGCUCAUUUUAAUUUUUUUAAAUGAAGUGAAAGUUUGAUAGUUUCCUGGUCGAAGCAGGAGGUACACUUACUUACAACUUGAUCAGUAGGCCCAUAUCACCUUAAAUUAAUGAUAAAUUGUUUAUAAAUGGCCUACUCGAAAGAGGAAUGAAAGUAGAUUCCUCAAACUGCAUUUUUUUUUAAAUUGUUCCUUCAUCAUUACCUUUAUCCCAUUCUCAACAAUUAAUGUCUAAUUUAAAGCAUGUUCAGUAUGUAUUUUUCGUGUUAGGUGUAGUUUAUGACAAUCCUUUAAAGGCUUCCUAUGAUAUAGAAGAAGGAAAUACUUACCCUACAGGCUUGAUCUGCUGCAACAUUAGAUUAAAUUUGACAAAAUAAAUUAUUUUAUGUUUAAAUGAAUCCUAGAAAAAUUACUUUUAAUUAUGAUGAAGAGUAUCCAUGUAAUUUUUGAUCUUGUAUGAUCUAUUUCCCUUUUUUACUGCCUUGGCUUGAAUACUUCAAAACAACAAUAGAUGAGUGCUCUUUGACAGUAUGACAAGGUAUGUUGUGUUUCAUGAUCUACUUCAGGGAAAUACAACUGUUAUGUAGGAAUAAAACCUGUGUCCUCAAAAACUGAAGUUUUAUAUGUUAGUAAACAUAACAUUGUAUUUGUGUUGUAGAUUAAAUUAAUUUUUUUUUCUCCAA